AUGGCAGACCAGGACCCCGAAAAACAGUAUGAGUCGACCCCUUCGUCCAAAAGUACGCGGCCGCCAUCUUCAAACUCUACCGCGACGGUAGAUCCAGAGGAGCAGCGCGAAGUCGCUAGACAAAACAACCCCAAUGGCUUUUCGCGCGUCAACACUGGCGUUUCGGUUGAACAAGCCGAGGCCGAUUUCGCCGAGCUCCAGAGGGAAUUAUCUGGAUUAUCUCGGGCAAGUCGUACCCGAAGCAGGAAAGAAACCGAUGUUGAGAAAGGCCAAGCAAGCAUUACUUCUCAGCGAUCUGAUGACUCGGUCGAGAUAUUCGACCUAGAGACGACUUUACGAGGUGAUCUGGAUGCUGAGAGAGAGGCGGGUAUCAAACCGAAGCACAUCGGUGUCUACUGGGAUGGACUUACGGUUAAGGGUAUGGGCGGCACGGCUAAUUUUGUGAAAACGUUUCCCGAUGCCUUCAUCGACUUUGUUGACUAUUGGACCCCAUUGAUGAAACUACUUGGUAAAGGUCAGAAGGGGACUGAGGUUACGUUGUUGGACAACUUCAAGGGCGUCGUCAAUCCCGGCGAAAUGGUUCUUGUAUUAGGAAAGCCAGGCUCUGGGUGCACAACUUUUCUAAAAUCGAUUGUGAAUCAACGAUGGGGCUACACAAGUGUUACGGGUGAUGUCCUUUACGGACCUUUCACGGCUAAGGAGUUCAAACAAUACCGUGGCGAGUCAGUCUACAACCAGGAGGACGAUAUCCACCACGCUACUCUGACCGUGGAGCAGACUCUUCGCUUUGCGUUGGAUACUAAGGUGUCCAACAAACUCCCAGCAGGCACCACGAAGAACAAGUUCAAAGAAGAUGUAAUCACGAUGUUGCUGAAAAUGUUUAACAUCGAGCACACGAGAAAGACGGUAGUUGGUGAUGCUCUAACCCGUGGUGUUUCGGGUGGGGAGAGAAAGCGUGUCUCUAUUGCCGAGAUGAUGAUCACCAAUGCUUGUAUUCUGGCUUGGGAUCAAAGUACUCGCGGUCUCGAUUCCAGCACAAGCCUCGAUUUUUGCAAGUCACUUCGAAUUCAGACCAACCUCUACAAGACGUCUACAUUCGUCUCUUUGUAUCAGGCCUCUGAGAACAUCUACAAGCAAUUCGACAAGGUUUUGGUUAUUGAUGCUGGUAAGCAGGUGUAUUUCGGCCCGGCUUCCGAAGCGCGAGCCUACUUCGAAGGUCUUGGAUUCCUCCCACGUCCACGACAGACGACUCCCGACUAUGUGACUGGCUGCACCGAUGAAUUCGAACGCCAAUACUCCCCUGGGUACUCGCCGCAGAAUGCCCCGCAUAGCCCUGAUACGCUGGCCAAAGCAUUCGAGAAAUCCCAAUUAAACGAACGGUUAAACGUUGAGAUGCUUGAAUACAAAACUAAGCUGCAGCAUGAGCAAGAGAUCCUCCGCCACGAUGAUUUCCGCACAGCGGUACUCGAGAGCAAGCGAAGUGGCGCCAAACACUCCGUUUAUAGCGUUGGGUUCCACCUACAAGUCUGGGCCCUGAUGAAGCGUCAGUUUGCCCUCAAGCUUCAGGACAAACUCAGUCUCACCUUAUCCUGGAUCCGAACUAUCGUCAUCGCAAUUGUUCUCGGGACUCUCUACCUGAACUUACAACAAACCACGGCUAGCGCGUUUAGCAAAGGUGGUCUUCUGUUCAUCUCUCUCCUGUUUAACGCUUUUGAGGCCUUCUCCGAAUUAGGAUCGACGAUGACAGGCCGACCUAUUGUGAACAAGCACAAGGCGUACACGUUCCAUCGACCCUCUGCAUUGUGGAUAGCCCAGAUAUUCGUGGAUACUGCGUUCUCGACUGUUCGGAUCUUAGUGUUCUCGAUCAUUGUCUACUUCAUGACCAACCUGCACAGGACACCCGGAGCCUUUUUCACGUUCUACUUGCUAAUUAUCGUCGGAAACAUCGCAAUGACACUUUAUUUCCGUAUCAUUGGUUGCCUGAGCCCCGAUUUCGACUAUGCUAUCAAGUUCGCUGUCGUCACAGUUACCUUAUUUACCCUGACCUCGGGGUAUCUAAUUCAGUAUCAGUCGCAGCAGGUUUGGCUACGGUGGAUCUUUUGGAUCAACGCUUUGGGACUUGCAUUUUCUAGUAUGAUGGCAAACGAGUUUGGGAAUAACGAAUUGACAUGUUCGGAUGAAUCUCUUAUUCCCUCUGGCCCUAUGUAUGGCAACAUCAGCCACCAAGUAUGCAAUUUUGCUGGCUCCACUCCUGGAACCGCGACGGUGAGCGGCGGUGCCUACAUCACUAACGCUUUCUCCUACGCUCCCUCCGACUUGUGGAGAAACUUUGGAAUUAUCAUGGCUAUUAUCGUAUUCUUCCUCGUCAUGAACGUCGUUCUCGGCGAGUUUGUGAAAUAUGGUAUGGGUGGAAACCAGGCGAAGGUCUUUGCAAAACCCGAUCCCGAAAGGAAACGACUGAACGAGGCCCUUACCAACAAGCGAUUACAACGUCAAAAGUCAAAGCAGGAGGAAGAGGACACCACUUUGAAGAUCGACUCUACUAGCAUUCUAACUUGGGAGGAUCUCAAUUAUGACGUCCCAGUCGCCGGAGGAACUCGCCGCCUGCUGAAUAAUGUCUAUGGUUACUGCAAGCCUGGUGAACUAACUGCGCUCAUGGGUGCUUCCGGGGCCGGGAAAACUACGUUACUGGAUGUCCUAGCAGCAAGGAAGAACAUUGGUGUGAUCACUGGUGACGUUCUAGUUGACGGUGCUAAACCAGGCAAGGAAUUCCAAAGGUCCACUUCGUAUGCGGAGCAACUCGAUAUGCACGACCCUACCCAGACCGUUCGCGAAGCAUUACGAUUCUCGGCCGACCUACGCCAACCAUUCGAGACUCCCCGUGAGGAGAAAUAUGCUUAUGUGGAAGAGAUCAUCGCCCUGUUGGAGAUGGAAUACAUUGCAGACUGUAUCAUUGGUACCCCCGAAGCUGGCCUUACUGUUGAGCAGCGCAAACGAGUGACAAUUGGUGUUGAGUUAGCCGCCAAGCCUCAACUCUUGCUGUUCUUAGACGAACCUACCUCAGGUCUUGAUAGUCAGAGCGCUUACAAUAUCGUUCGGUUCUUGAAGAAACUCGCCGCCGCUGGACAAGCCAUCCUUUGCACUAUUCACCAACCGAACGCCGCUCUUUUCGAGAACUUCGACCGACUACUUUUGCUACAACGAGGAGGUCGCUGUGUAUAUUUCGGCAAUAUCGGCCACGAUGCGCAUGUUCUACGAGACUAUCUUGCACGGCACGGUGCAGUUGCGGGCCCAUCCGACAACAUCGCUGAAUUCAUGCUUGAGGCAAUUGGCGCCGGAAGUACUCCUCGUGUUGGAAACCGUGACUGGGCGGAUAUCUGGAACGACAGCCCUGAACUUGCUAAUGUUAAGGACACGAUCUCCCAGUUCAAGGAAGCUCGCAAAGAGGCCGCUGCGAAAAUUGACCUAUCUCUAGAACGCGAAUACGCCUCGCCCCUAAUGCAUCAGCUACGAGUUGUCAUGAAGCGCACCAAUAUUUCAUUCUGGCGAUCCCCAAAUUAUCUGUUUACUCGAGUCUUUAACCAUAUCGCCAUCUCUCUUCUCACCGGUCUAACAUACCUAAAUCUUGAUUACUCGCGAUCCUCGUUACAGUACAAGGUCUUCGUUAUGUUCCAGGUUACCGUAUUGCCUGCGCUGCUUAUGCCUCAAGUUGAGCUUAUGUUCGUCAAGAAACGAGCCAUCUACUUCCGUGAAGCGUCGAGCAAGAUGUACAGCUCGUUUACCUUCACACUUGCAAUGGUGGUUGCGGAGCUUCCCUACUCUAUCCUCUGCUCCGUUUGCUUCUUCUUGCCGCUCUACUUUAUUCCGGGUUUCCAGUCGGAAGCUUCGCGUGCUGGUUACCAAUACUUCAUGGUGCUGAUCACGGAGCUUUUCGCAGUUACCUUAGGUCAAGUUCUCGCCUCCAUCUCGAAGUCUUCAUUCGUCGCUAGUCAAUUUGAUCCUUUCAUCGUUAUCACCUUUGCCCUGUUCUGCGGUGUUACGAUCCCUGCCCCGCAGAUGCCUGGCUUCUGGCGAGCAUGGCUUUAUCAGCUGGAUCCUUUUACGCGCCUUAUCGGCGGCACUGUGACUACAGCUCUAGACGAUCUCCCAGUGAUUUGCGAACCAGCGGAGUUAAAUACAUUUACCGCGCCUGCAAACCAGACUUGCGGCGAGUAUAUGGAUGCAUUUUUCAACUUGGAGAAGGGAGCCGGGUACCUUGUGGACAAUGCAACCAAUGUGUGCGAAUACUGCGCCUACAAAGUAGGCAACCAGUUCUACGAGCCUUUGGGCUUUACUUUCGAUAACCGGUGGAGGGAUCUUGGGAUUUUCUUAGCUUUCGUCGGCAGCAACCUUAUCAUUCUCUUCGCUGCGGGCCGCUUCCUAAAUUUUAACAAGCGAUGA